AUGCCGACGCUGAGCCUGUCCUGGCUGGGCCUCGGGUCGGUGGCAGCGUCCCCGUGGCUGCUCCUACUGCUGGUCGGGGCCUCCUGGCUCCUGGCCCGCGUCCUGGCCUGGACCUACGCCUUCUAUGACAACUGCCGCCGCCUCCGGUGUUUCCGGCAGCCUCCCAAACGGAACUGGUUUUGGGGUCACCUGAGCAUAAUGCAGGGCAAUGAGGAGGACAUGAGGCUGAUAGAGGAUCUGGGCCACCACUUCCACGAUGUCCAACUCUGGUGGCUUGGGCCUUUCCACCCUGCCCUGCAUCUCGUCCACCCAACGUUCGCUGCCCCUGUGCUCCAGGCUUCAGUUGCUGUUGCUCCCAAGGAUACGAUUUCCUAUAGCCCCCUGAAGCUCUGGCUGGGGGACGGGCUCCUGAUUAGUGCCGGUGACAAGUGGAAAUGGCACCGCCACCUGCUGACACCCGCCUUCCACUUCAAAAUCCUGAAGCCCUAUGUGAAGAUUUUCAAUGAGAGCGUGAACAUCAUGCACGCGAAAUGGCAACGCCUGGCCUUGGAGGGCAGUACCCGUCUGAACAUGUUUGAGCACAUCAGCCUGAUGACCUUGGACAUUCUGCAGAAAUGCGCCUUCAGCUUUGACAGCCAUUGUCAGGAGAAACCCAGCGAAUAUAUUGAUGCCAUCUUGGAGCUCACUGCCCUCAUCGUGAAACGGAACCAGCACAUAUUCCUGCAGGCGGACUUCUUGUACUUCCUCACUCCCAAUGGGCGACGCUUCCGCAGGGCCUGUGACAUAGUGCACAACUUCACAGACGCCAUCAUCCAGGAGCGGCGCCACACCCUCACUAGCCAGGGUGUUGAUGACUUACUGCAGGCCAAGGCUAAGUCCAAGACUUUGGACUUCAUUGAUGUGAUCUUGCUGGCCAAGGAUGAAAAUGGAAAGGAGUUGUCAGAUGAAGACAUAAGAGCAGAGGCUGACACCUUCAUGUUUGGGGGCCAUGACACUACGGCCAGUGGUCUCUCCUGGGUCCUGUACAACCUCGCGAGGCACCCGAAAUAUCAGGAGCACUGCCGACAGGAGGUGCAAGAGCUCCUGAAGAACCGUGAUCCUAAAGAGAUUGAAUGGGAUGACCUGGUGCAGUUGCCCUUCCUGACCAUGUGCCUGAAGGAGAGCCUGCGGCUGCAUUCUCCAGUCUCCAGGAUCCAGCGCUGCUGCAACCAGGACGUGGUACUCCCGGAUGGCCGGGUCAUCCCCAAAGGAAACACUUGCAUGGUCAGCAUCUUUGGGAUCCAUCACAACCCUUCAGUCUGGCCGGACCCUGAGGUCUAUGACCCCUUUCGCUUCGACCCAGAAAAUCUCCAGAAGAGAUCACCUCUGGCUUUUAUUCCCUUCUCGGCAGGGCCCAGGAACUGCAUCGGCCAGACAUUCGCCAUGGCUGAGAUGAAGGUUGUCCUGGCGCUCACGCUGCUGCGCUUCCGCAUCCUGCCGGACCUCGCGGAGCCCCGCAGGAAGUCGGAGGUGAUCCUGCGCGCGGAGGACGGACUUUGGCUACGGAUGGAGCCCCUGAGCGCGAACCCGCAGUGA